CCGGAGGCGGUGAAAGUAUACAGCUGGUGGAGUAGUUUUAUCAUUAAAAUCAUAAAACAGUCUGAAUAUAUCUAUUUGAAGUCUAAAUAUUAAUACAUCUGAAUAAGCUACAUAUAUUAAGUAUAUUACUGUAAUUUCUUCUGGACAAGAAAAGAAAAAUGGAAUCCAAGUUGAUGUGACUGGCACGUUUAAUAACCACAUCGUUGCAGCUCACUGAUAAAGAUUAGAAAACAAAAAAAAGAGUUUCAUAGAGCGCAUAUACCUGUGGUUUGGAAGUUGUUUGGAAGGAUCUGAUACAUUUUGGAAUCUGUUUUUAAAUAGCAAUUGGAAAUCGCUGUGCUGUAGUUGUACAGCUUGUGAAGGAAAUGCUGCGUGUCGUUUUAUGAACUUUGUGAGAUGAAAUUGUUGCUGCAGCGGGUUUGUUGAAGCGACUGUGAUGCGCUGUUAUCAAUAGUCAUGCACUUUUGUGUUUAAGUGCAAGAGGGAAAACACUUCUCCAGUGAUUUAAAAAAAAAAAAAAAAAAAAAAAAAAUCUUAUACGGUAUCUGGAUAACAAAGCGUCAUCAGCAGGUGCAGGCAACUGGAAACGUUUUGGAAGAAUGAAGAGUCCCUGGGUGAAGCAUGAUCUACUGGUGUAUUGUUUUUAAACUGCUCUUUCUAAUGGUUCUAUGGGAGUGGAUAACAUUGAGUCUUCACUGCUGGGGUGUAGCUGUCUCAGCAGGUUCCAGUAAUGUAGCUGGUCCUCUGGGCUGGCUCCUGUCUGACAAAGGGCCAUUUCACCAGUCACAAGAAUUCACAGAAUGUGUGGCAAGGUACCAGCAGGGGUUUACUACCAGAUACAAGAUUUACAGAGAGUUUGGACGCUGGAAGGUCAACAAUAUGGCUCUCGAAAGGAAAGACGUCACCGGCUUUGCUUUGCCUCUUGAUCCAGAGUUUACUCAGAAUAUAAGAUUGCUGGGACGCAGACCAAGCCUCAAGAGGAUAACUGAGAGCAUCAUAAAGAAAUAUGGGACCCAUUUUGUAUUGUCAUCAACAUUGGGAGGAGAGGAAUCUUUGACUAUAUUUGUGGAUAAGAGGAAGCUGAGUAAGAACUCUGAUGACAGUGAUUCUCAUGCUAAUAGUACUUCUGUAUCUCUGGAGACUCUUCACCAGCUUGCAGCCUCAUAUUUCAUUGACAGGGAGAGCACACUGCGCAAGCUGCACCACAGUCAAAUUGCCUCAACAGCUAUCAAGGUAACUGAAACUAGAACUGGUCCUCUUGGAUGCAGUAACUAUGACAGCCUAGAUUCUGUCAGUUCUGUUCUGGUUCAGAGUCCCGAAAACAAAAUUCAUUUACAAGGACUGCAAGUUAUUUUACCAGAAUACUUGAAAAAGCGCUUUGUGCAGGCUGCUCUUAGUUACAUUGGCUGUAACUCAGAGGGAGAAUUCACCUGUAGAGACAAUGACUGCUGGUGCGAGUGCAGUGACAGAUUUCCAGAAUGCAACUGUCCGUACAGGGACCUAAAAGCAAUGGAAGAUAACCUACUACACAUCAGAGAGGCUUGGACAAUAACCAAUAGUGAUUUUGAGGAAUCAGAUGAGUUCAAACUCUUUGUGAAAAGACUACCAACAUUCUAUGCUUUAAACACAUCUGCUAUACAGCAGUUGUGGAAGAUGGAUUCCAGCAUUCAGCAUCGCUAUAAUCAGCUGGAAUCAGGCUUGAGUCUGCUCCUAAAAAAGGCACAAACAAAUGUCAAUAGACUUUUUAGCCUCAGUAAGAGAUGUCGCAUGCAACCUAAACUAGUUGUGCUGAGAGAAAGGUCUCUAAAAUACUGGUUGAGUUAUGUACAGUCCAUCCUGUACUGCAAUGAGAACAAUCAGAUUGGGACUUUUUCUGAAGAGACAAGAAGCUGCUCUUGUCCCUAUGAGCAGCCUACCUGUCAGGGGCUUAUUCCAUGUACUGUAGGGGAUGGGACUUACUGUGCCUCUUGCUCAUAUGAGAACCGCACCCGAUGUGGGAAUUGCAACCCAGGCUACAUGCUUAGCCAAGGAUCUUGUAGGCCUGAGGCAUCUGAUUCCACAGAGCAUUAUAUUGGGUUUGAAACUGACUUGCAGGAUCUUGAGAUGAAAUACCUGCUUCAGAAAAGGGACAGCAGGAUUGCAGUCCAUGCCAUCUUUGUCAGCAAUGACAUGCGGCUCAACAGCUGGUUUGAUCCAUCGUGGCGCAAACGGAUGCUGCUUACACUGAAGAGCAACAAGUACAAGUCCAGCCUCGUCCACAUGCUUCUGGGAAUGUCUAUACAGAUCUGUGUGACCAAAAACAGUACAUUGGAACCAGUGCUGUCUGUUUAUAUCAACCCCUUUGGGGGUAGUCACUCAGAAAGCUGGUUUAUGCCCAUUGAUCAAAAAAGUUACCCAGACUGGGAAAGGACUAAGAUAGAUAUACCUCUUGAUUGUUACAACUGGACUUUGACUCUGGGUAACAAAUGGAAAACCUUUUUUGAAACUGUUCACAUCUAUCUGAGGAGCCAGGUUACGUCAGCAGGCCCCCUUGGCAACAGCAGCGUCUAUUAUGAGCCAGUGGACUUCAUGGACCCUUCAAGGAACCUGGGUUACAUGAAAAUAAACAGUGUGCAGGUGUUCGGUUACAGUAUGCACUUUGACCCGGAGGCGAUUCAGGACCUGAUUCUACAGCUGGACUAUCCAUACACUCAGGGAUCACAGGACUCUGCUCUACUGCAGCUGCUGGAAAUCAGAGACCGGAUUAACAGGCUCUCCCCGUCCGGCCAGCAGCAAUUGGACCUCUUUUCUUGCUUACUUCGCCAUCGUCUUAAACUAUCCACUAGUGAGGUAGUGAGAAUUGUAGCUGCUCUGCAGGUUUUCAAUGCCAAGCUACCAAACUCUAUGGAAUAUGAAACAACCAAAUUAUGUAGUUAAUCAGGAUACAUUAGGAGCCAGCAACAUUACCUUUUAUCUUGUAAUUAUUUUACAAUUUUAUUGGCAUAAACUGUUAAAAUAUGUAUUUUAUUUUUUUGUUUAUG